AUGUGUUGUUCUUUUCAAUUGACAGGAUUGGAUUUUGAUGUCCAUAUGAGCAUCUUUGUUUCACCAAUUGUAUUUCCUUUGGCUUUCUCUAUUAAUGGUAAGGAGUUAGAAUCAAGAGCUGAAAGUAGUUAACAUAACCUUUUUGUGAAUGAAGUUACACUUCACAAAACCCCAUAGCAAGGCAUUUCCUGUUUAAUUUCCUUCUUUUCAAGCACAGAAAAUAAAAUCAGAUUCCUGGGAUAUGAGGGGAUGUAGGAGUUUCAGAAAUUUUAUCACCCAGCACAUGAUGUAGGCCAUGUUAAGCCGUCCCCAACUGUUAUUUUUCCUUCUUCAAGAGGGUAUUAGGCUAUGCAUUAAGACAAACAAUCGGGACAAAAUUAUUUGAGACACUUUGUCCUAGAGGCCUUUCUAACAUUUUGCCAACUUCAAAAAGAGAAAAUAAAGCUUUCCCUCCCUACCCCCUCCAUGCAAUGUUGUGCCACUGUUUAAGUUACCUGUACAAAACAACAAAUACCCCAACUUUGAACGGAGGGGAGAGGGAAGGGGUGUGAAUUUUUUUGUUCUUGAAAGUUACCCCAUUGUAGCAAUUUUGUCACUGCAUUUGCAAUAAUUAAAGUUGAUUGUGGCAAGUCACAAUUUUGUACUUAAAUAUUGACCAACAAAUUUGAAAGACACAUUGCGUUGUCGUGAUUUUAACUUUUAUUUCAUAUGAUGGUUUCCAGCUGACUUCCAAAGGCGUGAAAGAGUUCUUGAAGACUUAGCACAAUUCAAGGGUGCUCUAGUCAUACUGUUUUUCUGUCACAGGGACUGGCUUCAAGCUUCAGGUAACUUGUACAGUAGAUAUGAUUUAUAAAUAGUACAGUUACAGUGAUAUUCAGGUGUCAAAGUAUCCAUAGGUAGUGUAGUAAGACUGAUUGAUUGAUUCACUUUUAUUUGAAUACGGUAAUUUCAUAAGUUACAUAACUUCUUUACAUGAAAGCCGUAUAGAAACAGAAGUAAAUACUGUACAACUACACUAAAAAUAUGUACAAAUAAUAAAAUAUAGUAAAAUGUAGUCAACAGUUUGCCUGCCUACUAGCCAGUUUUCUUUUAAAGAUAGCUUUAGAUUCGGACGAUUUUAUGUCAUUUGGUAAAGAAUUCCACAGCAUUCCUCCUCUGUAUGAGAAAGACCCCUUAUAAUAUUCUGUUUUUGGAACGUGGUCCAGUACAACAUUAUAUUCCGCAUUUCUUAGCAUAGACUUAUAAGGGUUGUUCUCACAGACAUUCGAGAAAAGAUCGCUUAAGUAACUAGGUAUAUUUCCAUUCACUGUAUCAUACAUUAAUAGACUUAAGUGCCUUUGACGCCUUGAGGCAAGCUCUUCCCAGUUUAGUUGUUUUCGUAUUUGUGCUGAACGAACGUCAUAGCCUUGAAAGGUUAUUAUGCGUGCAGCACGAUUUUGUAAUUUCUGGAUCCUAGUGGCAAGUCCCUGGUCUAAAUUGUCCCAAACAACGUCGCAGUAGUCGAACACAGGCUGGAUAAGAGAUUUGUAAAUAGUAUUUAGAACAUCUAAUGGUACAUAAUCACGUGCCUGUUUUAGACCACUGAUGGAUCGAUUGACUUUUGAACAAAGUUUGUCAACAUGCUCGUUCCAUUUAAGAUUUUCAUCUAAGUGAAUUCCUAAAUAUUUUGUUGUUUGGACUCGUUUAACAUGAUUGUUGCCAAUCUUAAUUGGAAAGUCUCUUCCUAAGUUAGAUAAUUUGAAGGUAGUUGUUAAGAACAUAUACUCCGUUUUAGUGACAUUUAAGCUUAACUUAUUUGCAAGAAGCCAGUCCCUAACGCGAGUUAGGUCGUUAUUUACCUUGGCAUAUAGUUCAGCAGUGGAUACAGAGGACGCAUAUAUCGUGGUAACAUGACAGGUUGUUUAAACCUAGUCUGCCAAGUGCUCCUUAGGGAUAAAAGACAAAGAGGAUUUAAGAUUCGAUUGGUAGUAAGGGAAUCAAACUGAGGUUGAAACCAUUUUAACCUUAGUUUCUUUUUUGAGCCCCCAAUAUGAUGUACCCCCAUUAUAAUCAAAUGGACACAAUAUUAUAGUCUAGUCCUGUGGCGUUUAGUCAUAUUGUGAUCUCAUUUCACAGGUUUGCCACCUGACUUCUUGAAGACUGUAAAUACUAAGUUAAGGGGACUGGUGUUAAACAUCAAAGAGUAUUUAUUAACUGAAAAAGUUUUUAGAAGAACCUACAUUUUGUCAGUAAGUGAAGACUUUUUUUUUUAUAACAUAAUGUUAAUAAAUUGUUCAACGUUACCCCUUCCAUAAUAACAUAUGCAUGUUUAAUGCUUACUGAUUGCCAAGCGUAUCUAUAAAAGGCAGUCGCACCUGUAGCCUUAGGUCAUCAGAAUUUAGUAUGGGUUAAGUGGUCAAGAGUGUGUCAUGCACUUGUACUGUUAAAACUUGAAGGUUAUUUGCAAAUCACAGAUAUUUAUAAUUGUUUAAGAGUGUGAAUACACCACUUACACAUCUCCAUUAAUGCACCUUAUUUGCCCCCCAAAAAUUUUCUAUAAGCAUUGUUUUCAAUUUCUCUUGAGACAGCUGUAAUACCCAGGAGAAAUGAAAAACAAAGGUUAUGCAAAAUUUGGGGGGAAGCGGGGGACAAAUAAUUAACAAUUAUUGGACGAGGUGAAGGCUGAGGUAAACAAUUGAUCUGAGAGACACUGACAAAUCACGAUAUUUUGCGAUAACCGAGUUUAAAAACUGUUUUAUCAUUCGACCAACAAGUUUGUUUUUAAUGAAUAUCUUCGGGAAGCGAAGCGAUCUGUCUUUUCUCACGCAAGAACGACCGCAAAAAGGAGAAAAGUGUUGUUUCGUUUACGCAUGAGCAGAAUAAUAUUUGCAGCCCAACACAGUUGAACGACAUUGCUCAUGAGAAGACCAUUAUUUGUAGGCAGUUAUUUGCAGGUCACGUGGUAGGCUUUCGGCCAAUAAAAAGGAAAAAAAAUGCUGGGAAUGAUAAGGUGCAUUUUGGGGGGUGUGUAAGUGGAGUAUAAGCGGGACGUUUUAGGCCCCGUCCACACAAAUCCGGAUAUUUUUGAAAGCGUAUAUAUUUUUUACGCGAAUUGACCUUCCAUCUACACUAAACAAGUGCAUCUACAGUCAACUCUCGCCUUGCGGACACCCCGCUAUAACGGACACCCCGAUAAUACGGACAGCAGCUAAAUCCCCGGCAAAAACAAGUUGCAGACGUUUGACUGAAAUAAACUCCCGCUAUUACGGACUCUCGCUAAUGAGGACACCACCUCGAGGUCCCUACAGUGUCGGCUAUAAAGGGAGUUGACUGUACUCACUGAAACCACAUCUUUUUUAAGCGCUCUCCAGAGUAGUUUAGGGCCUCGUCAACACGAAUCCGGGUAACAAAAUAUGCGCUUUUAAAAAUCUCCAAUUCGUGUGGACGGGGCCUUUUAAAUAUGGGCAAUUUUACGAAAAUUGGUUCUGAACAGUAAUGAUUGUCCCUUCCUCCUUCCUUCCUCGACAAGCCUUCGGAUGCCAUUAAAAAUACACCUAGAAAAUGAGACUUGACUGGGUCAAAAGUAGCCUGCGAGCAAGCUCUCCGGGGCGCUUUGGAGGCGGUGCGGGAAAAGGAAGGAGAGAUGGCUAUUACGUCUCUGGAAUUUGACUAUCUGCAUCGAAAAAGUCGAUGUGAAAUGUAGAUUUGCGGAGAUGACAUUAGUAAUGACGUCAUUACGCUUGGUAUGUGUUUUUUGUGUGUUGUUUACAUUCCCGCUCAUUUCCGCUUUGUACUGAUUGGCGCAAAUCUGACAGCUCAGUUGACGGGGAGCCACAGGGGAAUUGGAGGUGGAAUUCAAAUUCCAGACACGUAGUUGCAAGCUCUCCGUCCUUUACCCGCCCUGCCGCCCGCCGGAGAGCCCGCAGGCUAGGUUGAAAACGACCUUCCAAUUCUUCACCCUCGUUUGGCAGAUAUGAUUAUUUCUAGCUUUCUUAGCAGGCGUAAAAGUAAAGAGACCAGACCUUGGAGAGAGCCAUUUAAUGUAUUUUCCCUGUUCCAUUUUUUGCCCAGUUCUCCACCCCACCCCCUUUCUCGGUGGUUAACAGAAAACACGAGAUUCGAAAGGAAAAAUAAUUUCUAUAAUGCUGAGUACUACUGUUUUUCGUUUCUUACAGGUCAUUUAUGAAGAUCUUAGUGACAUAAGUCAAUUGAAUGAUAAGAUGAGAGCUUCAACGUUACCGAAAAAUUCUCCUCUUAUUACCAGACUCAUACACUAUCACAAGUGAGUGACAUUAUUACAUGUCUAUGUUGUGGUUCAAUUUUAUCCUUUGUGUAAAUUUUACUUCCCUUUGUUCUAAACUCAUUACCAUACAUUACUAUACUCUAAAACAAAUGGAAAUAACUUUUAAACCAAGCAUGAAAUUAACGCGCAACAUACACUUCCAAACCGCCGGAUAAUCUCCUGGUGAUUUGAUUACUUGGUAAAAUUUUAUACUUAGGCUUUUUCCUCGUGAGUUUACGUUUUUUAAAUCCGGAACCUCGUGCAAUAUUUGUCGUAUGUGUUACGGCUUCAGUCUGCGCGUGAACGAUAAUGUAAACUGGGAGUUGUAAGCAGUCGCCAGAUUGGAUAACUUCACAGUUCUGUUGUGGACAGACAUAAAGUCAUUAAGACUCAGUUUUAGGUCGUAAGCGUUUUUAGAGGUAGGCUACAUGUAGACUAGAGGAGAUUUUUCCGGGGUGAUGGCGAAUCUGGAGCAUUUUUGUAGGGGAUUCUUUUUUCUCUUUAAACGUAGUUGCGUCAGUCCGAAAUAAGAACGCCCCAGUGGGUUCAAUUGUUCACGUGUCUGAAGAUUUUGAAUCCGGAAUCUAAAGUGAAUACUUUGCAUCCGACUGAAUGUUCGGCUCAUCCUCGGUGCAAAAACCUGUGAAACUCACGAGUGACGUAAAACAAUGACGACAGAGAAGCCACUGAGAACUCAACACAAUAGAGCCAAGGAAAAUAAUACCCGGUAGCUAGAAAACAAAGGAAAACUUCACAGGUUUUUACACCGAGGUAAACCCGAAUUUUCUCUCGUUUAUUAGUGAUGUGUGUAAACAAAUUUGAAUACCCGAGAUGGAAUAAAUCUGGAAAAAACCUCCUUUAGUACAAACGUAGCCAUACACCGGACGCAUGUGCAUAGGUCAGUCGUGUGGCUUUGCUCUCUCACUGAAUGCCCUCCAUGAAUUCCACUCCAGUGUAUCCAGCUAGAACAAGAUAAGAACGAACGGUGGAAGUAGUACAAUAAGAGUCAGUGUGGAGAGUUUGUUUAAGAGCUCUCUCGCUCCCUCUCCACAUUUUGACUCCCCAUAUUCUACUAUGAAGUAUGUUAAUUACCCGAAAAGUCAAGUUCUGUUAGAAUGUGCUGUAUUCGCCUUCACAACUAAGAACUUUCAUAUUAGUACUCGGCUAGAUUGGGUCAGUUUGCUUUUGUUUAGAUGAAAUUUUGUUAUAGAGAUAAAAUGAAAUCUGGUAGCACAUUUUAGGAGUAACCUAGUGAAAAUCCUAGCUUUUACCGGAAAUGUGGAUUUCAGACAGAGAUAAUUAAAGCACAUGGCCCAACGCCAUAACUUGGCCUCUUAGGGCCUGUUUACAUGGAGUGGGGGACCCCGGUCUAGUGGGGUUGGUUUCUUUUGUUUUCACGCUCUGGGGGACACAAAACAAAAGAAACCUACCCCACUAGACCGGGGUCCCCCACUCCAUGUAAACAGGCCCUUAAUUUAUAUUUCACCUUUCUUCCUACAGUUUGAUGUGCCAUGCAUUCGAGAGGCUUCGUGUUAUCAGGGAAUACCGCUCCCCGCGGACCAUACGGUCAUUCACUAAGGUGUUUAUUUUUCUUAUGCCAAUCUUAUUGUCGCCAUAUUACGUACACAUGGGAAUCAAGUCGGGUAACACAUGGAGUCCAUAUUACAUCGCCGUGUUGACAUCUUUCAUAUUUGGUACGUUGCAAGGCGUCCAGGACGUGUUGGAUGAUCCGUUUGAUGGGAUAAGUGCGGACGAUAUUAAUCUCGGUCAGGUAGGAAGCGUGUUUAAAAGAAUACAGUGAACUCUCUCUAAAAGUGGAUUUCCGCCAUCCGUAAUUUUUACGUGCGCACGCACGUAAAUUUUACGCGCGUUAAUGAAAUAGAGACAAUGUAUGGAAGGUCUCGCGUAAACGUAAAAGUUGAACCUCGCUCAAUUUUCAAGUUUACGCGUUGCCUUUCAUACAUUGCUUCUUUUUCAUUUACGCGCGUAAAUUUCUCGUGCGUUUGGACGGAAAAAUUACGCGACAGCGGAAAUCAACCCUAAGACGGACGCCUUUUAGCCCGUUGCGGGCUCUCAGAUAGUGGGGAAGACGCAAAAGUAAAAGGCACGCGAAUGGUUGGCGGGACGGCAAAAAGGAAGGAACCUCCUGUUUUUUUCUCUCAUGUUCGCGCAUUCUCAGUUCAGUGGUCCCGACUAUCUCGGAGCCUGGAACAGGCUAGAAACCUUUGGAGCCGGUACUAUACGUGUCCGUCUAAGAGUGAUGUCUGGCUUAUAGAGAGUCAAAUAACGGGGGUAAAGUAAGGCAGGGAUGAAUUCUAGGUGUCCGUUUUCCGAGGUGUCCGUUAAGCCGAGAGAGUCGACUGUAAUCUUUAUUUUUAGAUUCAAUGCAUAGCACCUUGGGGGAGGAGGGGGGGAGGGGUGGAGGUACUCGCUAUAAUGGCCUAUACGGGGAGGUUCCGCUUGGAAGGGAUACUUUUUUCAGGCUUCAGGUAUAUGAAAGAGCAGGGAUGUUACUACUGAGUUGACUUAUAUGAAAGGAUAUUCAGGCUGUAAAAAAGCCCAAAGGGCUAGCAGAUACAUUUUAUUGCUGUGAAAAGCCGAAAAAAAAGGUUCUGCCUCUGGGAUUUAUUUAGACUUAAAACAUAGUGGAUUUACAGCAGUUUAACGAAAUAGAUAUUUCUUAACUACAAUUGUAGAUAUGUCAAAGGGGUACCAUUUUUCGAUAGAAGGUACACGAAAGGGGUGCCACUUCCUUUUCGGUCAAAAAUGGUAAAUAAAAGGGUAAGGGGUUGGACCUCGGAGCGGAGCCUCUCGUAUAAAACUUUGUUGAGUACCCUCCCCCCGCUGGGGGAAUAACACCAGUGCUGCGUUAUUACAGGGUUAGCCUAAAUGUAACUUGCAAUUAUUGAAUUCGGCUUUCGUAGGAUACGAAGAAUUCUGCAGAUCUCGGAGGGUGUUAUCCAACGAGGCCGAAGGCCGAGGUGGAUAACACCCUCCUCGAUCUGCAGAAUUCUUCAUAUCCUACGAAAGCCGAAUUCAAUAACUGUUUAUUAUUCAUUCAAAAUAAUUCUAAGUUUAAAAUCAAGCUAAAACAUGCUAACCUUGGUCGAUGUAAGUCAAUAUCGAUAAUGCACCUUUAUCAGGAAGUUUAGGAGAUAAAGGUCUGUCCAGGUCUGCAAAUAUACUCCAAACAGGGAUCGACACUUGGUGUUCUUUAUACAGAGUUGUCCUCUUAUAGAAGUAUCCGUUAAGAGAGAGUCUCUGUAUUGUAGUACCACCGUUUUUUCUGUUGUUUCAGUUGGAAGACUGGACUGCGCACUCCCUACUUACAAACAGAGUUAUCACAGUUGGUCGCUUCACUGUCACCACAAAAGCAAAAGGAAAGGACGAACCAUAUUCGGACAGUGACAGUGACAAUGACAUGGGCCAUAGUCCUAUUCCCAAGAUAAUCCAACCUGCUAAGGUGCCUCAUAAGAGAAAACCAAUCCUAAGAAGAACCAGCUUUAGAAAAGUAGAACACGGAGAAGAAGAGCCAGAGGAUGAACGUUCUAAGAAGUCUCUGAACCCGGACACUGCUCAUCGCUUAGAAGAUUUGGCACGACGUGGAAUGACCGGAAGUACCACUAUACUUCCGGGCAUGAAAUUGAAGAGGUCCAACAGCGAUAGCUUGACCACUAACAACUCGCGUGGCUCUUUGCCUGAAUUUUUUAGAGCUCGGGGAGCUGAAGUUAAUGGGCAGGAGUCGCAUGAUUCCAAGAGGGUUUGGUUUUCAGAUGGACUCGAAGUUUCUGAUCACGAAGACAGUGUUUUUGCCCGUCCUCCAUCUCAUUCAGCUCCAGCGGGCUAUCCCCGGCCGGAAUGGAUGUUAGAUAAAAAUGAACCUUUGCUUCAGUCAGGCAGCAAUACAGGGUCUACACGUUCUUCUGAAACAGCCUCCACUCCUUUAGAUUCAUCUGAAUUGGAGCGUAGACAACUUCCUGAAGAUCUCUUCGAGGGUCUAAAGAAUUCUCCUGGUACUACUUUAGUUGAUGGACGCUUCUCAGUUCAGAAAAAAAGUAAUGAUACUCCUAAAAGUUUGGCGAAUCUUUUUAACGGACAACCAGAAGGAGACCUAGAUACAACAGAUGGACCUGUCACUUCUAAAUCAAGCCAACCGCAACCGGCCGCUAUGCCAUCUUCCUUGAGAAAUUUAUUUGGCCCUCCGCAAGAUCAGGACAAAAAAAUUCCUCCGCCUAGUGGCGUUGUAUCGCCUCCUAAUAAAACUCCCCGUCCACGUGUUCUUCCUAUAUCCCCUUUAGCUUGUACGGAUAGUCUUCCUCGUUCUCGUUCCAAGCUUGCUUCUUUACCUAGCUCUCGUAUUAGCCGCUCAGCUCCAACUACUCCAGAACAAGAAAGAAGGUGGAAUUCACCAAUCAGUCCCUCGCCUCCUGAUACGGUUUCUAUUCCUCUAAAAGCAAGUUGCCAGCAGUCAGCGGGCUUUCCCUUGAGAAAAAAAUCAGCUGAAAUGAGAUUUGACGUCGACAGUGCAGCCCCACUUUCACAAGACUCCUCGCCAAAUUCGCCGGUCCUGUCGCCAAGUUCGCCAGUCCUGUCGUCAACUCCUAAAAGAACAAAUUCUCGUGAUGCGUUAUCAGAAGAUUCAAGAUUUGCAGGUAGAUCGUCUUCCCAGUCUCCCGAAGUUGAAAUGUCAAAAGAUGAUGACUCGUCGCCCUCCAAAGUGAAAGAAUCAUCAGGGAAUUCAAGGUUUUCAGUCAAACCUCCUGAUAAGGACAUUGUGAAAGACAAUUCAACAGAACUUGCAAGGUCUCCGGUAAAAGAGGAUAGCUCUCCCGCAGAGAAGAUGAAACCUUCCAAACCGAUUGAUAUGCCAAGAUCAAGGGUAAGUCAAAACAUAAGUACCAGUCAAGUCUAUGAAACUUGAUAGUUAUCCAACUUCCUUUCUUACCUCUUUGUUAGCUAACGAUUCUUGCAAGGAUACCAAAAACGAAAACAAAGUCCUACAAAUGCAAACCGAGAUGGCCUAGCUACUCCGGCUUUUGUUGUAAUGUCGGGUGUUUUUGAAUGCGAAAGUUUAACCUUUGGAGUAUAGCAGUUUUCAUUGUGACGUAGUUGAAGUUAAUUUGGUUUUACCAAGUUCAGUUACGGGUUGAAUUUUCAUGUAAGCCGUUCACGUGAUUACAAAAUACAAAUACGAGUAGCUGAGUCGUUGUCACGUGGUCUCUAAACAAGCGUUUAUUACAUGGGCUUUAUGAACCUACUAAAGAAUGUACGACAAGGUUAAAUUCAACUCGUCAAGUACAGCUGAAAAGACUAAUCCACACCUUAGUAAAACUGAAUCAAAAGAUGAAAUUCAAGAAACUGGUGCUGUGUCGGUGAGGGAAUAAGGCAAAAAUUUGUUUUUAUCAACGGAGCUUAUUAAGUCAAUGUACCAUUGAAAAGGAAUGAAAACGGAAUGUGUUUCGUCGAACUUGCGAUGGGAUAGUGCUCGAAACGAAAGAAAGAGUGGAUAGAGAUUUGACAAUGCAAAUGUUGGAUUUCCCAAGUAAACGACAGAAAGCCCUAAGGUGGUUUCGCCAAAUGAAAAUCCCUCUUUGACGUGGAUUUCAAUCAACAAAUUAGAGAAAAAAUAAGUCCGUUUUUGAUCAAGUCAAGUCAACUUUAUUCAGGCAGAUCGAGUUGCCCUGUCAACCAUUGGAUGGUAUCAAAAGGGGCCCUGCGUAAAUUACGACUAUACAAUAAAAUUUUAAAAAUUAAAAAGUCCGUUUAAAUUAUGUACAAUGAUUUUGAAAAAAGGAUAUCGAGUUCUUUUGGGAAUCUGUGAAUCCGGACUUUCACAUGCAAAUGUCUUUUUCUCUUUGCAUUUUAUUGUGCUCCCGUCUUCUAUUCGACACUUGCACAUCUCCCACAAUACACUUUCUUUGCCCCCCCCCCAAUUUUGCGUAGCCUUUGUUUUCAACUCUCUUGGGUGUUACAGUCGUCCCAAGGAAAAUUGAAGACACUGCUCAUGCAAAAUUUGUGGGGGAAAACAAAGUGUAUUAAGGGAGAUGUGCAAGUGGCGAAUUAUGUUAUUUGAUUUACCCGAACCGUACUCAUGUUGUCUACUUCAAAUCGCUUGCCCCCACUAUCCCGGUGACCAGUAUAUACAAUUUACUUCUACCGCUGAUUCGUAAACGAAUUUUUAUUAUCAGUUUCAUGUUGCCAAGUCCUCAGAUGACGUCAUCAGUCCCAAGGGAGAAGAUCGACCACUCGUCACGUCAGGAGUCCCUAACUAUGGAGUCACUGAUCCUUCCCCACCCCCCAGCGUUCUUACCACACCACCCUCUAGAUUUCAAGUGAACACUCCAUCAAAAUGUUCAGAGAAUAAUACAGCGACAAGUUCUGACGAAGAUGCAGACCCCGAUGCGGUCAGACGCGAGUCCUUUGCGGUCUUGUCCCUUGAUUGAGAAAGUGGUGAAGUUUACAUUUAACGUUUGCCAUUUUGAAGUUGCGCAGUGUGGUGUCGAAUUGUACCGUGGGGUUGUUGUGGGAGACGAGUUGAUCCAUUAUCCUACGCAACCUCGUUACAGCCAGUAACAAGAGCGACAAUCCCAUAGUGCAAUUCGACCCAUUAUGUUGUUCAACUUUAAAUAAUAAACUCGUUCGUGUAAUUUAAGGGCGUCAGGAAGCGUUCGGACAGGCCAAAUUUUAGCGAGAUUUUUAAGGAGCGCUAAGCAUAGCCCGAGAAAACAGCCCCCAUUUUGCGACGCCACAGGUUUUCCCACAAAAUGACGUCUGAGAAAGGAGAGCAGAAAUUCCAU